AUGUCCAACAUGAUUCAUGGACCGUGUGGGAAAGAUCUAAAUGACAAAUCACCGUGCAUGGAUGAUGGUGAAUGUACCAAAUCCUUCCCAAAAGAAUUAUUUCCUGAGACUGUCAUGAGCAACAACGGGUUCUCUACGUAUCGCAGAAGAGCUGGACAAACACAUCCAUUAAAGCGAAACAACAAGAUUUAUCAGGUGGACAACAGAUGGGUUGUCCCUUACAUUCCAUACCUAUGUUUGAAAUACAACGCGCACAUCAACGUCGAGUACUGCGCAUCCAUCAAAAGCAUUAGGUACGUGAGUGCACCCGAAGCCUUUUGGCGUUUGUCAAAGUUCCCCUUGGCCUGCAAAUCCCAUUCAAUCCAACGACUAGCAGUUGAUCUUCCACGAGAAGAGCAAGUCUUCUUCACAAUUGGAUUGGAACAGCAGGCUGUCGACAAAGCUGCCUCGAAAAACACCCCUCUGACAGCUUGGUUUAAUUCGAAUCGAACGACUCCUGCUGCCAGAGACAUGUUCUACAGAGAAAUCCCCCUGCAUUAUGUUUUUGGCGGUACUCGGAAGCCUCACAAAAGAAAAACCAACUUACUCAGCAGGAUCUACUCUGUCAGCAUUCGGCAAAUUGAACGAUUCUGUCUUCGCUUGCUUCUUUUGAACGUCAAAGGGGCAACAAGCUUUCAGAGUCUAAAAAUUCACAGGGGUGUUGAGCAUCCAACGUUCAAGGCUGCCGCCAUCUCGAGGAAUCUUCUUGAAGACGACAGUACUUGGGAACGAGUCAUGCAAAGUGGACACGAAGCUGAAAUCGCGAAGAAUCUGGCGCUCAAGUGCAUUCAAGACAGUCUGAAGAUGAACGGUCGACUUUCAGAAGACUUCAAUCUGCCGUUGCCAGAUUUUCAAAUGAUUAAUCAGCUGGUUGCUAACGAAAACGGUGAAAAUAGCGUGAUAAGAAGCACAAACUUGAUUCAGCCACGUACAUUUUUCUUAGACGGUCCAGGUGGCACUGGGAAGACGAUUCUGUACAACACCCUCAUCAACGUCCUGCAAGGUCAAGGGAAAAAAGUGAUCUCGGUGGCUUCAACUGGAAUCGCUGCUACGCUUUUAACAAACGGAGCCACUUACCAUUCCAAAUUUCAAAUCUACCCGCCCAUUACCGAGACCACAACAUCAAGAAUAGAAGAACAUGAAUACGGCGCACAAUUGAUUCGUGAUGCUAGCCUAAUAAUCUGUGACGAAGCAACAAUGAUGUCACGUUACGCUCUAAAGACGUUGCGGAGAAUGCCCGCCAAUUUGAAAAUCUACAAGAGUGUGGACACAGUUUCAUCAGAAGAUCCUGGAGAAGUUGCUAAUUACCCGACCGAAUUUCUUUACACCAUCUCUGCAUCAGGAAUACCGCCACACGAGUUAAAACUCAAAAUUGGAGCCAUUGUUAUGCUGUUGAAGAAUAUUAAUUCCAGACAGGGGAUGUGUAAUGGAUUAAGGUUGAUUGUUGAAGAACUUCGCGAUAACGUCAUCCUCGCAGUCAUUGCAGCCGGAAAACAUAAAGGACGAAAAGUGUUUAUUCCUCAAAUAACCAUCAUGUCCCCAGGUGAAUUUGACUUACCAGUCAUCUUAAACAGAAAGCAGUUCCCUAUCAUGCUUGCAUUUGCUGUUACUAUCAAAAAAUCGCAAGGCCAGACAUUUGAUCGCGUCGGCAUAUACCUUCCAGAACCCGUCUUUAGCCAUGGUCAAUUAUACGUCGCAUUCUCUAGGGCCACUUCAAGAGAAGGGAUUAAGGUACUUUGCGUGGACGGUACCAACCAAGGGAAAUUGCUGAAGUAUUCUGAUGAUCCACUUUAA